AGGAAGUAGGUCCCUGCUCGCCCACCGCCCGAGAUCCGCGAGCUACGAGCCCACGAGUUCCACCAUCCCAUUAGGAGGAAAGCUGCUGUUCAGUCCAUGAAGACGUGUGCCGCAGGAGUAAGAGACACUCCCAAAGAGUUUCAGCGCCCACUUGGACUUCCACAACCAGAGAUGACAGCAAAGGUGGCGUCCUGGAAAGCCGCUGAGCCUUGGUCUUUUCAUCCAGUCUAUGCAAGGUACUGGCGCCAUUAUCACCAGGCCAUGGCCUGGAUGCGGAGCCACCACAGCGCCUACAGGAAGGCGGUGGAAUCUUACUGCAGUUACCCGUGGGCCUUCCCUCCUGCAGCUCUUCCCCAGAGCCCUCCCACGAACAAGGCCAAGCCUCAGCCCUCUCGUGACCAUCACCCGGCCUCCACGGACUCGCACUGCGUUUCUUCACCUUCUAGAAGGUCCGGGCAGCAUCCAGCAGCCCGCCCCAGAGAACACCAAGCUUGGCCUGCCGAGGAGGAGGAGGAGGCGGCGGAGUCCGAGUCAGACGGGGGUGUGGAGUGCGACCUGAGCAACAUGGAGAUCACAGAGGAGCUGCGCCAGUACUUCGCCCAGACCGAGGCUCACCGGGAAGAGCGACGGCGGCAGCAGCAGCUGGACGCCCAGCGCCUGGACGACUACGUGAACGCCGACCAUGACCUGUACUACAGCACCCACCGCUCGGUGCACCCCCCCUCCGAGAGGCCCGGCGAGCGGCGCCAGGCCGAGAUGAAGCGCUUGUAUGGGGACAGCGCCGCGAAGAUCCAGGCCAUGGAGGCCGCCGUGCAGCUGAGCUUCGACAAGCACUGUGACAGGAAGCAGCCCAAGUACUGGCCGGUCAUCCCGCUCAAGUUCUGAGCCCGGGGCGCCACGUACCCAGCCAUCACCCCCUUCCUUUUGGAUUCACUGAAUCUCUCCUGUGCAUCUUCUCAGGGAAAUUUCUCUUAUACUGAGAAAUCAGCAUGUCACCAAAGUCCCAGGGGGCCCAUCUCAGCGCUGGAUGUAACACGUUGGCCACUUGAAGUCAGCAAGGUGUGUGCUGUUGCCAACAUGAAAGAUUUUCUGUUGAUCCAAAAUGAUAAUUUCAUGUAUCUCAUGCUUUCAUGUAUAUCACUGAUACUCUCCAGUUCAUUAAAGUCCUCACUUAGAGACA